AUGAGGGAAGCAAACGAAGACUGUACGUCUUUGCUUGAAGAUAGGGUCGCCUCGUCCUCCGGCGCCGCAGCAGCAGCAUCAGCAGCAGCAGCAGCACGAUGCGCAGCAGCAGCGGGAGGAGAGGGUGUUUUGCAUCUUCCGCAUGAAAGUGUGGAUGUUGCUGUUGCUUCCGAGGUGGGCGAAGCAGCAGCAGGAGCAGCAGCAGCAGCAGGAAGCUCCCGCAAGCCAGUAGUCGUUGCCAGCAGAUCUCCAGUGUCACAGCAGCUAAAGGCGUUGCUGCUGCCACCUCUCUUUGGGGGCCCUCGCUAUUGCCUUAGUUCUUCUUCUGCUGACUCCCCAGCUGUAUCUCCAGCUCUAGAGGGAGUUCUUGCUCCUGCAGAGCCUCCGUUGCUGCUGUCCGCCAUCACGUCUCUGGGCGCUGCUGUUAAGCCCCAAACACAGCAGCAGCAGCAGCCGCAGCACGAGCAGCAGCACCAGCAGCAGCUACUCCUUGCGCUCAAACAGCACCAGCAACAGCAGCAGAAGCAGCAGCAGCACCACCAUCAGCAGCCUACUUAUCUGCUUCCUGCUGCUGCCGAUACAUCUGCAGCUGCACCAGAGAAUGCACAGCAGAAGCAGCCUGCUACUGCUGCUGCAACAGCAACAGCUGUUGCAGCAGCUGUUGCGGAGAAAGGCAGCGAACAUGGUCCGAGGGAGCAGAAGCAGCAACUCCCCGUACACCUUGGUGCAUCAGACGAAGCAGCAGCAGCAACAACCGCAGCAGCAGCAGCAGUUGCUGCUGCUGAGGCGCUAGCCAACCGCUGGUCUGCCUCGGAGGCCCCUCGCGCGGCAGCUAAUGCGCGGUGCAGCAAUAGCCCUCCCCGAGCUGCAGCAACACCAGCAGCAGCAACACCAGCAGCGUCAGCAGCAGGGGAAGCCAGCAGCUCCGAGUCUGCUGCACCUCUUUCUUGUUUGUCUUUAGAGCGCCUCAUCCUCCCUAUACCUUCAGACAUCCUAGGCUUGGGGGCCCUUCCUACGCAGCAGGGAGGGCCAACAAGAGAGAAGGGAGGCUGCUGCCAGCAGCAGCAGCAGCCGCAGCAGCAGCAGCACCUGCUGCUGCGGCGAAGCGCCGACUGGGAAGGAGACGUCUCGGAAGCCCCCUGGCAGUUCACCUCCCUCGCUGCGUCUGUAGACCCAGCAGCAAAAGCAGCAGCAGCAGCAGCAGCAGCAGAAAUAGAAGAAGCAGAGAGUGAUACCGUUUGCUGCAAAGAGGGCGGCUUAGGGUUCCCGCUGCAGCAGCUAGCUGCGGACUCGCUGCUGCACAGUGAGUUGCUGCAUCCUUCCGGCGGUGGUAGCAGCAGCAGCAAAGUGCUGCACAAGAGGGCUGCUGCUGCUGCACGAGCUGCACCCCGGAGCCGCAACAGAGCAGCAGCAGCACUCAAACAACCAGGAGGACCAGCGAGGCAGAAAGGCCUUCCUUCUUGUGAGCUUUGUGCUUCGGAAGACAAACUUAUUUUCCUUUGUGCUGCAGCAGCAGCAGACGGCUGUCUUGCUGCUGCUACUGCUGACCCCGAGAGCCAAGAUGUAGCAGCAGCAGCAGCAGCAGAAGCAACAGCAAAGGGAAACCCAGACCGAUUUGCAGAGCUCGUCACGGGGCUGUGGGACCGAAGGGAAUCGACCUCUGGCGAAGCACUUCAGCAGCAGCAGCAGCAGCAACAGCAGCAACUGCAGCAAGAGCAACAAGAACAACAGCAGCAACGCGAGGAGGAAGGCGGGCUGCAGCUUAAACAGCAAACCCAAACGCAGCCGGCAUUACCCCAACAGCAGCAGCAGCAGCAGCAGCAGCAGCAGCAAGAGCUCCAAGAGCAACAGCUUCCAUCAGAAGAUACACAGCUUGCGGAAAACAGGGAGUCGGCCUGCAGCAGCAGCAGCAGCAGCAACGGCAGCAGCAGCAGCAACAGCAGCAGCGAACCAGAAGGUUCGGAAGCAGCAGGAGGCCUCUCCGUUGAGAUGCAGCUCCUUGCAUGCGGCUUUCUUGCUUUGUCUUACUCCGGCACCAAGCUGCCAACAGUAGCUUGUCUAGCAGAGCUGCAGCGGAUUUGCGCUGGGGGGGACCCUAGAGCAGCAGCAGCUGCAGCAGCAGCAGCAGCAGCUGCAGCAGCAGCAGAAGAAGAAGAGUCUGAUAUGGCCUCCCCACCCCUGGAAACCCUUGUAAGGAGCCCUCAAGCGCAUUCGAUGUGCAGCGGCGGAGGCAGCAGAGAAUCAAGCAGUGAAAUAACAGCAGCAGCAGCAACAGCAACAGCAGCAGCAACAGCAACAGCAGCAGCAGCAGCGGCAACCGGUCGGACGGCAGCUAGGGACAGCGCAUCUCCAGACCGCAGCAGCACCGCAGCAGCUCCACAAUCCGAGGCUGUUUGUGCAGCAUCAGAAGCAGCAGCAGCAGCAGGGGGAGAAACAGCCCCGCCAACAUCACCCUCAACCUCAACAGCAGCAGAAGCAGCAGCAGCAGCAGCAGCAGGACCGAGUCCUUGCGAGUUUGUGGAUUUGCAUUUGUUGAGUGUACGUUCUUUAGGGGAUUUGUUAGAGAGGGCCCCUAAGGUGUGUGGGGUGUCUCUAGACACCCAGAGACAGUCUUUUUUGUCUUAUUUUCAAUCUCAAAGAACAGAAAGAAAGCCUAGAAGAGGUUUGUCGCCUUGCGGCAGAGGCAGAGGGCGCUGCAGCAAACGGUUUCAGUUUAAUACCCCUUCAGAUUUAUGCAAGGCCUUCUGGAAAGCAGUGCUAUGGAGGCGCGCACACGAGCUGCAGCGAGGGAAUGACGGGAGAGGAGGGGGAGGCCUCAAUCCUGCUGCUGCUGCUGCAGCAGCAGCUGCAGCAGCAGCAGAAGCUGCAGCAACAAAUGCAGCAGCUGCUGCGGCGGCUGUGGCAGCAGCUGCCGCAGCCGCAACCGCUCCCAACAAGGCACCAAGCAACAAGGCCUCAAGGUACCUGCUGCAGCAUGCUGCUGCAGCAGCAAACUGGGCAGCAGCUGCAGCAGGAAACGGAGAGACAGACGAGGGCCUCCUGCUGCAGCAGCACCAACUUGAAGGGACAGGCGGUGCUGCUGCGCUCCUCCGGCUGCAGCGAAAAGAGCAGCAGCAACAGGGAGCAGCAGCAGCGACAGGGAUCAGCAGCAGCAGCGUUGCUGCUGCAGUGGGAGAACUCUUCAGAGGGCCCCCCAAAGAAGACAAUGCCGAGGGGGUCCCCACAACAGCAGUAAAGGAAAUAUUUUCGCUGUGUAACAGCAGCUGGACAGACACUGUACCGCUGCAGCAAAGGCAGCAGCAGCAGCAGCAGCAGCAGCAGCAACGGAUGCAAGAGGGACUUUUAGGGUCGGUGGGAGAAGCAGCUGCCAGCACAGCAGCUUCAUGCUUGUCAACCGAAUUGUUGCGGCCUUUGCCGUCGCUGGGGCCCCGCAGACGGUGUAGCGCUGCAACAGCAGCAGCAGCAGCUGCUGCUGCUGCUGUAAACAUUGAUAAGGAGCAAUCUCCUUCGGAAAGCAGCGUAGGUGGGCUUUUGCUGCGGCCCUGCAGCGGCCGCGCACCACCUGCCUCAUUACCAUCGUCAUCAUCAUCAACAGCAGCAGCAGCAGCAGCUGCUGCAGCUGCAGCAGCAACAGCAGCAGGAACGGCAGCACAUCCUGCUUCCAUCUCCUGCGGGCGUUACUUCCGUGGCUCUCGAGGGUUUUCUUUUUCUUUUGCCGAUGAGGGAGUAGCAGCAGUAGCAGCGCCAGGAUCAUCUGCACCAGCAGCAGCAGCAGCAGCAUCUGCAGCAGCAGCAGCAACAGCAGCAGCAGCAGCAACAGCAGCAGUAGUUCCUAGAAGCGCCGAAGCAUCAAGCAGCGCCUUGCCCUCCCCCCUUACACUGGGUAGCAGCGGGGGGGGGCCGCCCCCGAGUAGGGGCUGCGGGGGCCCCCGGGGCCCUUCUCAUUCUGCUGCGAGUUUGGCUGAAGCUGUAGCUAAGCUGCCUCGGGUGUAUGGGGUUUGUUUUGAUAAGCAAAAUGCUUCUUUUAUGGCGCAGCUGCAGCACAAAGGCAGAAGAGAGUGUAAGCACUUCAAAAUAAAGAAAUACGGGGACAUCAGCGAAGCAUACAAUGCUGCAAUUUCAUGCAGAAGAAAGAUGGAGUAUGCUCUACUUGCUGCUCCUAGAGGAUUACCCACAGGGGGCCCCCACGAAGGGGGCCCCCCGGGGCCCCCAGGGCUUACCUCAGCAGACACCCCAAAUGCACGCAGAGGCGGACCUCUUGAUGCUGCAGAUUGCAUGCAAAACAGAAGAAGAGGAGGCGGAAGCAGACAAAGAGGAAAGAGGGGCCCCCAAGCAGCACUAGCAGAUGGAAGGGCCCCCGCAGGGGGCCCCCAUAAGGGAAGAGGAGCACACAAAGAACAGCAGCAGCAACAGCAGCAACAUCAGCACGAUCAGCAGUACCACAAGACAUCUGUCGCAGCAACUGCAGCAGCUGCUGCAGCAGCUGUCGCUGCAGCUGCUGCUGGAAGGGGAAGAGCUGCUGCUGCUCUUGCUGCUGCAGCAGCAACAAACCGACGAGGACACUUCAGGGGGGGGCCCCUAUCCAUCAAACGAUUUGAAACAGACGGAUCGGGGGCCCUUUCUGCUGCUGGCACCGCAGCAACAGCAGCGGCAGCAGGAGCAGCAGGAGCAGAUGCCGUUGCGAGGGCCGCAGCUGAGGGAGAUAUGCUGCAGCGGCUUCAGCUGCAGCAACUGGGGGCGCUGCUACUGCAAGGUCCCCUUGGCAGGGUACUGAGGAAUGCAGAGGCUCCCCCAAGGGCAUCUGCAGCAGCAACAGCUGCAGCAGCAGCUGCAGCAGCAAAUGCCCUCUGCAGCAGCAACAACAGCAACAGCCACAGCACCAGCAGCAGCGCCGUUGCUGCAGGCGGCAUCUGGAGCAAGGCCGAGCUGCGGGUGCGCCUACAGCGUACAGCAGCAGCAGCUUUGCUGUCGCUGCAGCCAUCCGCUGCUGCAGCAAAUCG